UCCCAGAUUUGAAAUUCUUUUCUACCUAAUCAGCUGUGAGCUCUCCUUGUAAGCAUUUGAAAUGAACGGAUCUUGUUUGGAAUUAGAGAACCCGAUCCGAGACGCCAUUUCCAGGAUCCGAUUCGCUCCUCAAUCUAACAACCUCCUCAUUUCUUCUUGGGAUUCCAGUCUUCGACUGCUUGAGGUGGAUUGUUCUCAGCUCAGACUAGAAGCUUCAUCCGAGGCUGCGCUUCUUGACUGUUGUUUCCAGGAUGAAUCUGUCGCCUUCAGUGCUGGCUCUGAGGGUUCUAUUACAAGGUAUGAUUUGCAGUCUGGAAUCAGCAAUAAAAUUGGAAAUCAUGAUGAUAUGGUAACCUGUGUGGAAUAUUCUACUGAAACACGUCAAGUGAUUACAGCAGGCUUUGAUAAGAAGAUCAUAGCUUGGGACAUGUUUGGAGCAAAACCCCUUGUGUUCGUGAAAAAUCUAGAUGCAGAAGUGGAGUCAAUGUCACUCUCUGGAUUUGAAUUGAUAGUCGCGGUUGGAUCAUCAGUAGAUAUUUAUGACCUGCGUAACCUAGACCAAUCUGUUCAAUCAAAUGAAUCUUGUAUGGAUGUUCCAAUACGAUGUGUCUCCUCAAUUCCUUAUUGUAAAGGAUAUGCAGUUGGAUCGGUAGAUGGACGAGUAAAGUUAGAGAUUUCAUAUCCUUCCGUUUCAAACAACAUGGGGUAUAUGUUCCGAUGUCAUCCAAAAUCAAGAGACCGAAGAAACCAUGUAGUACCGGUGAAUGACAUUGCAUUCAACCCAUUCAUCUCAGGUGUUUUUGUCACGGGUGAUAAUGCGGGUUAUGUUACUGCAUGGGAUGCCAAAAGUAGAAGAAGACUCUUUGAGUUGCCUAGUUGCUCAAACAGUAUUGCAUCCUUAACAUACAACCACGAAGGACAAAUUUUGGCUGUUGCAUCAAGCCAUACUUAUAAAGAGGCCACUGAAAUAGAAAAACCCCCACAGAUAUUUGUGCAUGAACUUGACGAAAGCCAUUUGAGAUCAGUUUCUGAUGGAAGUUCAACUUAGUCAUAAUGUGUGACGAGGAUCACCAUUUCGAAUCGAAAGCCGAUGCCGGAGCUUCUAAAACUUUUCCUCAGCAGGCCGGCACCAUCCGUAAGAACGGUUACAUCGUGAUCAAAGGCCGUCCUUGCAAGGUUAUGGAAGUUUCGACUUCGAAGACCGGAAAACAUGGGCACGCGAAAUGUCAUUUCGUCGGAAUCGAUAUCUUCACCGGUAAAAAGGUUGAAGAUAUUGUUCCUUCGUCUCACAACU